GCCCGAGCCGGGCGGAUCCCACAAAGGGCUCGGCGGUGUGGCCUCCCCGCCGGCAGCCCCCGCCAUGGCCAGCGCCAGCUCCAUCGAUGCCGUCAAGAAGAAGAUCCAAAGCCUGCAGCAGGUGGCCGACGAGGCGGAGGAGCGUGCCGAGCACCUGCAGCGGGAGGCCGAUGCCGAGCGGCAGGCCCGGGAGCGGGCUGAGGCUGAAGUGGCUUCCCUGAACCGCCGUAUCCAGCUGGUAGAGGAGGAGCUGGACCGCGCCCAGGAGCGUCUGGCCACUGCCCUGCAGAAGCUGGAGGAAGCUGAGAAGGCGGCUGAUGAGAGCGAGAGAGGCAUGAAGGUCAUCGAAAACAGGGCCAUGAAAGAUGAAGAGAAGAUGGAACUCCAGGAAAUGCAGCUCAAGGAGGCGAAGCACAUAGCAGAGGAGGCUGACCGCAAAUAUGAGGAGGUUGCCCGCAAGCUGGUCGUUCUUGAGGGAGAGCUGGAGCGCUCAGAGGAGAGGGCAGAGGUGGCGGAGAGUAAAUGUGGUGACCUAGAGGAGGAGCUGAAAAUUGUCACCAACAACUUGAAGUCCCUGGAGGCCCAGGCUGACAAGUAUUCCACCAAGGAGGAUAAGUACGAGGAGGAAAUCAAGCUUCUUGGGGAAAAGCUGAAGGAGGCUGAGACCCGGGCGGAGUUUGCCGAGAGGUCUGUGGCAAAGCUGGAGAAAACCAUUGAUGACCUAGAAGAGCGCUCUCAGCAGGAGGCCGAGAAAAACCGUGUUCUCACUAACGAGCUGCGGGUCAUCCUUACUGAACUUAACAACUGAGCUGCCCAGAGCUCCUGGCCCCGGCCCAGCCUCCCUGCCCCAUUUUGGCCAGGCUGGCUCCAGGCUGGGAGCCCCUCCCCGCUAGGGUGAGGCAGGGUGUGAAGCCUUGCCUUAUCCUCAUAGGGGUAACUACCCUGAUUGGGCAGGACAGGGCGCCCCUCUGGAGUUGAUCAGUUUUUGUGGGAGAGAUAUGAAAGGUUUUGGGAUGUCUUGGGAUGCUCAUGUAGUCAUGGAUGUCCUCUGGCAUCAUCCUGGCUCUGCUGGGGAGGGAUGCGGUGGUUUGUACUGCUGCCUUCCUCCCCUUGUCCUGCGAGUCAGUGGGCAGCCUCUUCCUCCUCUCACUCUGGUCACCCCAAAUUGUACAGGAUGGAUCCCCUUAGAAAGAGGUCCUUGGAGUGUGCUGGGAAGGCUGGGAAAAGAGCUGGGGAUCCAGCAGCACCUGCUGCCCUAAACUUGGGACAGGGAAGAGGCUAGCAGGGCACACUGGGUGAUAGGGCUGGGUGGACAGCAGUCUUGUUCCAUCCCCAUUUCUGGGGGAAGCAGCAUGCCAUUUGGAAGUGAACACCAGAGGGAGGCUGCCUUGGCAGAAGGCUGCCUGGCAGAGCUUAUCCUUGUAGCCUUGUUAGCUCUGCUCCUUAUCUCUGUUGUCCUCUGCCCACUCUCCUGGGCUGUUAAAUGGGCUGCUUUCUCACUUCUUUUCUUCACGGAGCACUGCUGGGUCAUGCAGCAGGCAUUGGUUCUCCGCUUCUGCUGGCCAAGGGUUUGUGCACGUGCCUGCAGCUGGCCAGUGGUGAUGCCCCAGUGUCUGGCCAAAUAAUGGUACUCGCCAGCGGCACCAGUGCUGCAGAGUGCUCAGCCACAGGCAACGGGGCAACCUGGGAAGAUGGAAAUGCUGAAGAGUGGUAACUGCCUGUCCCAGUGACCAGCCUGACUGGCCUGGCUUCCCUGGCAGAUCCCAGAGUGGCUGGACUCAUCCCUGCCAGAAAUGGGGCUACCUGUGUGGACUAUGCUCCACAGGGGACGCCCCAUUUGACUGGGGGCUGUUGCUGUACUGAAAUGUCCAUCUCUGUGUGUGUGUGUGUGUGCCUGUGUGGUAUGUGUGCGUCCCGCUGCACCUGGGUACAUUUGGGUUGUGUCUGUGUGCGUGGCUGGGUGUCCCUUUU